AUGGACUACCGCGACGAUAACGACGUGGGGCAGGUACCGGGGGUUGCAAACAGGACGGAGCCAAAAAUUGGCGGGAGCGGGAAGGGCAGUAACGGGAGUAACGGCAGCGCGUUCGACGUCUCGUUGGUGGGGCGGGCCCGGCAAGGGUUCCGGAUGCCUGUGAGUGGGGUUCCUGGUCAUACCUCCAGGCCGCAAACCGUCGUUCCUACCAAGCCGAUCACACAGCGGCCUGUGACGAGCGGUCCGCGGAUGGUUCCGCCUCCGGACCGGGUUCUGAGCCCAUCUCUCAAAGAUUCUGAUAGUGCCUACAGCCUUGCGACCGACGACGGGACGAGCUCGAAGCACCCGGAGAUUGUGAGAACAGGAUACAUCCUUUCGUUUACUAUAGUAAUCAUGGCAACCUGCAUCUUAGAGAACCGGGGCAACGUCUUUGCGCUGAACCUUGCGAUGCUGGCGGCGAUGCCGCUGCUGAGUGCUACCAUGGUGCUCCACAGCAGCUCUCAGGGGAGGAUACGUUAUUCGUUGCUUGCUAUGAUUGGGGUCACGUGCCUCUCAGCAUCCUCUAUAUCGAUCAUCCUCUCGGACACGACGCUCUCCCUCCUGCGGCACAUACCCGGCCUUCUCUGUUUAACCCUCUUUUUCUACGGGAUGUCAACAGCCUGGCGGCGGAUCCUCUCCGCGGUGUGCUCGGUGCUCAUAUUCCUCUGCAUCGUCACCUCCGCGAUCGUCGACGCCAAAUUCGAGAACAAGCAGACGAUGGUGCUGGCGACGUGUUUGAUCUUCGGGCUGCUAUUUUUGGAGUCGAAUGUAGCGGUGACACCGCUGGCGUGUAAGAAAGAAGAAGGGGGGUGCAUGGGGAUGGUAUGA